UAACUCUUCUUCUUCUACGCUGCUUUCUGCGGUCCUCCUCUCUGCCAUGUCCGGUCGGAGCCCAGCGGCGGUUCAGUCCUCCAAACAGCCGACACCGAACCGAACCCUGCAGCCGAACUAAAGACCCGACACAAGAGGAGUCAGUUGAGGAAACAGGAGGCUUGUAGUUCAGUCUGUCACCUGCCUGGUUCACGUCGGAGCGAGGAGCUGCUCCGAAGCAUCCUGGUUAAGCUAACUGCUAGCUAGCAUGCUGCUGCCUCCACACUCCUCACAACUCCUCUCGGAUUAAUUCAUCUCGUCAUGACUGAGCUCAGAUGCCGCAAAUCGGACACUCUGGAAGGAGAUAAUGAAGAAGAAGAAGAAGAAGAAGAAACUCAACAGUCUGAGCCAGAGCUGGACGCCAUAGAUGUUGAGGAGGUGUCCAGCGAUGCAGCAGAUGGAAACCUGCAGCAGAAGGAUGGAGGUGAAGUUAAAGGUGAUGAACCAGAGCAGGAAGAAGAAUCCAUCAAACCUGUCAGAACACACAGGAGCUCAUCUACAUCCGCUUUCCUGCAGCGUCUGGUGAGAGUUUUCUUCGGCUGUGUUGCAGCUGUCGCCUGCGGCAUGCUCUACGCCGUCUAUCUAUCUACGUAUCACGACAGGAAGUUUUGGUUUUCGACCAAGCAGGAGCUGGAGCGUGAAAUCACUUUCCAGGAAGGCAGUGGGCUCUAUUAUUACUACUACAAACACAUGCUGGCUGCUCCCUCCUUUGAAAGAGGGUUCUAUGAGCUCACGAUAGACAACAAGACUGUUUCAGGUCAAACCAUCAACGCGGUCGAACGUUUGUCUCUUUAUCCAGAGCUCAUCACCAGCUUUGUGUACAGAAUCACGGGCAGCCAGGACUUCGUGGAGCCCGUCUACUUCUACGUCGGGGCGGUGCUGGGCCUGCAGGCGGUCUACGUCACCGCCCUGUUUGUGUGCAGCUGGGUGAUGAGUGGAACGUGGGUGGCCGGCAUGUUGGCUGUGGCCUGGUACGUCAUCAACAGAUCCGACACAACCAGAGUGGAUCACGCUCUUCCUCUGCGGGACAACUGGGCGCUGCCGUACUUCUCCUGUCAGGUCGCAGCUUUGACUGGAUUCCUGAGCAACAACAUCAGCUCUGCCACCGAGAUGUUCUGCUAUCUCACCAUGAGCGCCACCACCUUCACCUUCCUGCUGGUCUGGGAACACAGCCACUACGUCCUCUUCAUCCAAGGCCUCUGUCUGUUUCUGCUCGACUCCUUUGACCUGGUGCCGCCACGGAAGAUGGCCGACAUCCACAAGGUUUACCUCAGCUCCUUGUUCCUGGCCUACCUGUUCCACUUUCAGAACGCCACGCUGCUCAGCUCGCCGCUGCUCAGCCUCCUGAUUGGCUCAGUGCUCGCGAGGUACUUCCAGCAAAAGAUGAAGAUGGGGCCUCUGGUGGCCAGAGUGAUGAAGCUCUUCCUACAUUUCCACCUGGUCUUCACCACUGGGAUCACCUUCAGUUACUUAGUCAAGAAACUCAUUCCUGUGAGUGACAGCGACUUCAUAUUGAAGUUCCUUGAAGUUAAGUUUGGGCUCAACACAACAACUGAUUUUGUCACCAACUUCCUGCUGUGCCAGGAGAGUCUCCAGACGCCUGGUCAGGAUUUCUUUCUGCGACUGACGCAGGCCUCAGUCCUUCCUUUUUACCUGCUGGUGCUCAGUGUCUGUCUGCUGUCCACCCUGCAGACCAUCUACAGAAGACUCAGCGGCCAGCCGAUGAAAACCGACCACAGGCUGGAAGACGGACGAAUCGGAGAGCAGCCUGAGGUCAUCUAUCACGUCUUUCACACGUUGUUUUUCGGAGGUCUGGCUCUGCUGUUCGAAGGGAUGAAGUAUUUAUGGACGCCGUACGUCUGCAUGUUCACGGCGUUCGGUGUGUGUUGUCCAGGCCUCUGGAUGACGGUGUUUAAGUGGCUCAAAUUGAAGUCCAUCCACCCCGUAGUGUUGGUUAGUAGGUUCUCCUUCAGCGGAAAUACAUCUCUGAUUCUGAGCACGGCUGUUCCCACAAUCAUCGGCUUCAGUUUGUGGAGAGAGUAUUGCCCUCGAGUCUUAGCCGAGCUGUCGGAUCUGCCGGAGUUCUACGAUCCAGACACAGUGGAGCUCAUCAGCUGGAUCAGGUCUCAGGCUCCGGUGGCGGCUGUGUUCGCCGGCAGCCCUCAUCUGCUGGCAACAAUCAAGCUGUGUUCAGGUGCAGCUGUGACCAGUUUACCGCUUUACUCAGACAUCAACCUGCUGAAGAGGACCGAAGAUACCUACCAGGUUUAUGCCAUGAGAUCUGCAGAGGACGUCUAUAAGCUUCUGACCUCCCAGAAAACCAACUACGUCAUCAUCCAAGAGUCGAUUUGUAACGAGCUCAGUUUCAACAAGGGCUGCAGGAUCAAAGACCUGCUGGACAUCUCCAACGGACACGUGGUCUACGAUAAAGGAGAGAUCUACUCGUUCUCCAAGCACGGACGUUUUUGCCACGAGAUAAAGAUGAACUACUCUCCGUACACGAACUACUUCACCCGAGUCUUCUGGAAUCGCUCGUAUCACGUCUACAAAGUGAACUCCGUCAUCUCCUUCCAGUACUGACGGCAGAUCGGACUCCUCUCGUAUUUAAGAUCUCAUCCACAGUUGGACACUCUGGGCUUCUGCAAGCGUCUCGUCACUGUUACGUCGAAGCCGCACAUUCAGCAGGGAUCGGCUGAGGACGCCGCACCGACCUCCACGUGUCGAAGUCGAAACACGCCAUAUUAAUCACUGUACUGUACUUUUAUAAGCCAUGUGUUACUGUCAAUGUUACUGUGAGGCAUUUAAUGAAGGGGGGGGGUGGAUGAGAGUCGUCUGUGGUCACUUUGUUCAGAAGCUGCUCAGAUUUAAACAAACAGCGGUCGUAUUUUCAGUCAUCUAUAUCUCAACAAUUGUCAUGAAAUUUACUACAAAUAGCCCCGAAGGAGUUCCAUUAUCUGCUCACAUUUCCUCCAGAGUGGUUGACAUGUGUAUUAAAAUGUCUUUUUUUUUUGGCCUUUAGUGGACAGUUAGAGGAAAAACAAACGGAAGCUGUGGGGAAAGAGAUGAUCUGUACUGGCUGGGAAUUAAAACUUCUGAUUAGGAACCCUAAAAGACAUGGGUCAUCGGGUCGCCUUAUGGUGAAACAUUAUGACAAAUAUUGAACAGAUAGCCAUGAAACUUUUGCACACGCAUUUGCAUUGACGAGCCAUAACAUUAAAACCACCGAAAUAACAUUUAUUCUUCAUUCUGACAUGUCGGGGCAAAGAUACAGGAUCUCUGGUGGCAUCAGGAAGCGAGCAGAUCUUUUUGGUCAAGUGGCUUACAGCGUUUGGAUUCGGCCUCGAUGGACCCAUCGAUGAUCCACUGGAUUGGGAUUUAGGGAGUGUUGAGGCUGCGUCAGUGCCUUGAGCUCUUGGUCAUGUUCCUCGAGCUGUUCUUAGGUGGUUUUUGAGGUGUAGCGGGGCAUGUUGUCUGAAUGGGGUCUGUUGUUACCCACAAGGAGGGUUCUUGGUCUGGAGCAAAGUUUAUGUACACUACUGUUCAAAAGUUUGAGGUCAUCCAGACAAUUUCACGAUUUAUUCAAUGCUUUUAUUCAUGUUUUAUUUAUGUGCUACCAUAAUUCCACAAGGGUUUUCUAAUCAUCAAUGAACCUUUCAACACCAUUAGCUAACACAAGGUAGCAUUAGAACACAGGAGUGAUGGUUGCUGGAAAUGUUCCUCUGUACCCCUAUGGAGAUAUUCCAUUAAAAAUCAGCCGUUUCCAGCUAGAAUAGUCAUUUACCACAUUAACAAUGUCUACACUGGAUUUAUCAUUCAUUUGAUGUUAACUUCAUGGACAAAAACUGCUUUUCUUUCAAAAAUAUGGACAUUUCUAAGUGACCCCAAACUUUUGAACAGUGAUCAGUGGUACAUGUCAGAAUAGCUUCCAGAUAAAUACCAGGACUCAAGGUUUCCUAGCAGAACAUUAUGUUAUUAUGGGAAAAAAUAAACGUUGCACACUUUGUCAAUGGGUUUUAAUGAUGUGGCUGAUCGGUGUUGAUCUCCUUCAGGAUAAAUUCUAAUCGCUGCAGUGAUGCCGUAGUAUUUUUAAAUUUAGUUUUAUGUUAUACAAACAUCCUUUCAGCUGGACUAAAUGUUUUGUGCUAAGUAGCAAAUGCUAACACGCUAAAUUUGAGGUGGUGGAACAUGUGGUAGCCAAACUUUUGCAAAUUGUGAGGAUGUUAGCAUUUAGCUCACAAUGCAGCGUCGUGGAGCCUCUAGAGUGGCUCUGGAAUAUUUAUGCAGUUAUCUCAACAUGACAGAUUAACUUAUGACUUUAACGGAUCAUUGUCAUUGUGGUCUGUUCCUGUUUUUACGCUCACUGGCCUCUUUAUUUGGCUAUCUAAUACAACCCAAUAAAAAACAGGGCUAGAAGUUCUA